AUGUGGAUUCUCAUACUGCAGCCAAGCCACAAGCACAUUGUCAAGGGCAAGUUUGUCUUCAAGCUCAAGCAAUGGGGAGAUGACUACACCAAAACCAAUGUGCCAGUCAUUGUGUUCAAAAAUCUCCACUUCAUCCUUGCUCUCAUGUGCCUGUGCAAUCUCAAGAUCCACACCAUGGACAUCAUCUCAGCCUUCCUUGCCAAAGAGAUCCAUGUUGAGCAGCCAGAGGGCUAUGUAAUGACAUUGACAAGCCAGACCAUGUGUGUCAAGGGCACCAUCAACCUCACCAUCAGCUACAACACUUCAAUGCACAAUAUCAUACAACUCUACUCUGCAAUCUCCUGCAAUGCCAACCACAGCCCCAGCAACCAGGACUAUGUCAAGCACUCUACAUGA